CCCUGCUCAAACCUGCUCCGCUGCAUCGCAUUCAAUUCCGUUCCGUUCCGAGCACCCCCCUCGAUUCCCAAUUCCCCACCGGCCACCGUCUCCCGUGUGCGAUCUCGUCGCCGGCAAGCCCGGAGCUCCCCAUGGCCGGCUACCCGCCGCACGGCUCCGGCUACCCCUACGGCCCCGGCGCCGGCGGAGGCGGAGGCUACGGCGCCCCACCUCCCUACGGCUCCUCCCCGGCCCCCUCCGCCCCGCCCUACGGCGAGAAGCCCCCCAAGGAAGGCAAGACCUCCUCCUCCUCCUCCGUGCCCCCCUACUACGGCGCCCCGCCCUCCUCCCAGCCCUACGGCGGCGGAGGAUACGGGGCCCCGCCCGCCGGGCAGCAGUACGGCGCGCCCUACGGAGCCCCGCCGCCCUCCUCCGCCCCCUACGGCGCGCCGCCGCCCUCUUCGGCGCCCUACGGGGCCCCGCCGCCGACGGCGUACGGGGGCGCGGGCGGGUACGGGAGCCCGUUCGCGUCGCUGGUGCCGUCCGCGUUCCCGCCCGGGACCGACCCCAACGUGGUGGCCUGCUUCCAGGCUGCGGACCGCGACGGGAGCGGGAUGAUCGACGACAAGGAGCUGCAGGCCGCGCUCUCCGGGUACAACCAGAGCUUUAGCCUCCGCACCGUCCACCUCCUCAUGUACCUGUUCACCAACACCAACGUCCGCAAGAUCGGACCCAAGGAAUUUACUUCUGUGUUUUAUAGUCUUCAGAAUUGGAGAGGAAUAUUUGAAAGGUUUGACCGUGAUCGAAGUGGAAAGAUUGACUCCUCAGAACUGCGUGAUGCUCUUCUCAGUCUGGGAUAUUCUGUCUCUCCAACUGUGCUAGACCUGCUUGUGUCUAAAUUUGACAAGACUGGGGGCAAGAGCAGAGCAAUUGAAUAUGAUAACUUCAUUGAAUGCUGUCUCACUGUUAAGGGACUGACUGAGAAGUUCAAGGAGAAGGACACCGCAUACUCCGGGUCUGCGACUUUUACUUACGAGGCUUUCAUGCUCACCGUGCUCCCUUUCCUCAUCGCCUAGUGGCAGUGUACUCCACAGUUCAGACUUCAGAGCAUGCCAGUUGUGUAAAAAUGGUUAUGUGCAGAGUUGUUCUUAGCUGAGUUUAAAUUCUGGGAUUUGACUGGUGUUGCUGCGUUGCGAAUCAUAAAAUUGUACUCUUGACAGAAAAUAAAACCGGUGAAUGUGCUUGCUGGGAUGCCUGUGGGUGUGUGUGGUUAGCCUCAGAAAAUGCUGCAUCUUAUAUAUAGCACUUAUGUGUUUGUUCAACAAGAACCAUCUAGUUAUUUUUU